AUGUUUGGGGGGCGAAUUUACAUGGGCGAAGGCGCCCGGGGAAUCAGCGAAAUACUAGACGAGGGCGGGAGAAACCAGCGUAAAGUUAAGGCGCAUAGGAAGAGACUUACAGGGUGCUGCAGGGUUGUUUGUCGCCCCAACUCCAGCGUGCGCCCGAGGCACAGGCGGCGCAGCAGCGGCAGGAGGCGCGGACGACGAGGAGGGCGCAUUAGCAGGAGGCGGGGAAGGCUCUUGCGGCAAGGCGUCCGACCCGGUGGAAGGCGCACGAUCGGUGGUCGGGAUAGGAAUCUGACGAGAGGACGCCAUGGCAACUUGAGGCGCACAAGGAGGAAUUUGAGAGCAAGGAAGCAGCUUGGGGUCUAG